UCAUGCUGCUGCCAGGUCCACAGAGUGUGUCAUGAGGGUCCCUGUACGGCCGCCCAUUGCUGCUGUCUCCAUCGCCACACUCUGCCAUGUGCCACUUUCAGGUCUCCCUCACACUGCUGGUAGGUUCCAUUUUGUCAUAGGGUGGCUGGCAGAUUACGGGCCUCCCAUUGCUGCUGCCAGGCCCGUAAUCUGCCAUGGGCCCCCGUACCACCUCCUCAUGCUGCUGCCAGGUCCAGAGUCUCUCAUGGGUCCCUGUACGGCCUCCCAUUGCUGCUGUCUCCAUCGCCACACUCUGCCAUGUGCCACUUUUCAGGUCUCCUCACACUGCUGGUGGGUUCCAUUU